UUUUGUUUUUCCAUUUUUGGAGAAAGUGUUGCGCCUAAAUAGAAAAUCAUUCGGUCGCGAUUGAUACACCUGUCAGCACCUGUUGCCUUUGCACUGACCAAAUCAUCAAACCUAAUACUGUUUACUAUUAUCUGCAUGCUUGCCUGCUUUUACAAGACUGCAAGAAGAGAUCUAGCACAACCUCCAACAGCCGUCGCAAUGCAAACUCUCAAGCUGGUCUUUGCUCACUUUCUUUUCCUUUUCUGUGCAGCCAAAGAUGAUUUCUCAACUUAUCCAAAAAACUUUGAGGAAAUCAAAAAGAGUUUUAAGACUGAUCGGCCGACCAUUGGCGUUUUGACCAUGGCCAACGAUGAUAAAAGGCUCUUUACAAAUGUCGAGGGUACUGACAACACAAGUUAUGUUGCAGCCUCUUAUAUAAAGUUAAUCGAGGCAGGAGGUGCAAGAGCGGUUCCCUUGAUUGCAGAUAUGCCAAAUGAUGAGCUUAAGAAAGUAAUACAGUCUAUAAACGGAGUUGUCUUAUCUGGUGGUGAUGGACAAUUAUUUAACUCGCAUUAUGACAAGGUUGCCAAGAUGGUCUACGAAUAUUCGAUAAAGAAAAUGGAAGAAGAAGGAGAGCAUUGGCCUGUUCUUGGCAUUUGCAGAGGAUCGCAGAUAUUACCAAUAUUCACGGAAAAGAAAGAUUUCCUUGUCCACACGGAUUCUAAAAACUACUCCAUACCUUUGGAGUUUUAUGGAGAAUAUAAAAAGAGCAAAUUAUUUGGCCAUGCAUCUGACGGAGUUAUUGAAACACUGAAGAACAAGCCUAUCACUAUCAAUGCACAUUUGUACAGUUUGCCUUCCAAAUUCUUCUUAAAAAGCAAGGUACUCACAGAUUUCUACCGCGUGAUAUCAUUGAACAAUGACAAAGAAGCAAUUCGUUUUGUUUCAACGUAUGAAGCCCGUAGAUACCCGAUAUAUGGCUUACAAUGGCACCCCGAGAAGCUUCUCUUCGUUUGGAAUCCCAUGAUGGCUGCGGACCAUUCCAUCGACUCAAUCCGCGUUGCACAGUACAUUGCUAACUUCUUUGUCAUGGAAGCGAGACGCAAUUCAAAUCGGUUUUCAUCUAGGGAAGAAGAAGAAAAAUAUUUGAUCUACAAGUGGAAACCAACUUAUAUUGGCGAUAUCCCCGAAACUCCAUACGAGCAAGCAUACCUAUUCCCAAGAAUUCAAGAGGAACUGUGAUGACCGAAAAUAAUUAAUUAUUAUUUAUUUAUUUAUGUUUACCAAGAAAAACGUAUAAAAAGAAAUUUUUUUGUAUGCUCAACUUUCUGUAUUACAUUAAACGAAGCAUUGAAUCUGUAAUGAUUAAAGAAAUUCGUUUCAA